UUUAAAUUGAAUUAAAUUGAAUUGAAUUGAAUUAAAUUGAUGUUGUUAUUGGUUGAAUAUUGAAAAAGGAAAACUUUUCAAAAAUGGUUAAUGACUGUCUGCCUAAUCCCUCAAUGGCUCCUUUUAAGGGACUUUUAGGCCGAAAACUAAUGCGCUUUCUCACACACACACACACCUACACACACACCUACACACACACACACACACCUACACACACAUACACACACGCAGCAAAGCCAAUGCCGUCGCCUGCAGAUUUGGCCAAUUGCAGGCACAGCUCCAGUUUGGGCUCAGUGCCAACUACAACUACAACUGCAACGGCUAAUGAGACCAAGAUCCAGACUAGAUCAAAUACGUUGACUAUACCCGUUGUGCUCUGCGGCUUUUUGCAAGGUGACUUCUUUGGCUCGACAUUUUCGCUGCGUAAUCCGCGUGUUACGCCCACACCAGACCUGGAGGCGGGGCAGCUGCAGCCGAAGGGGCAGGAGAAGCCAGCUGCACAGCCGAGUCCGGGACGUGGACGCACUGGUCGAUUUUUUACGGCUGCUUCGCAUUUUCUGGAAACGGGUUCGUUGCAGGGCGGCGGCGGCGGCAGAGGCGACACGGAGCCGCAUGGCGCAUUCUAUGUGGCAAGUGCGUACAGCUUGCAACAUGAGCUGUAGGCCAGGCAAAGUAGGAUUCGAUUAGCAUGCGCUCUCUCUCUUCUCUCUCUCUCUCUACAUGUACAUAAAAUAUAUGUAAAUAGAUUGUAGAACUUAGUUAAGUUUUGCAUUUUGCUGUAGUCGCUGUAUUAGCUAUCUAUACUAACUAUAACUAAGCCAAACUGCAUCUAAAGGGAGCAACUAAGUGGUGACUCCCAAUUUCAAUCAGCAUCAAUGCUCACCUAACGCUACAUUCUCACACACACAACGCUUGCUUAUAACUAUGCUCCACUAACUAACUAACUAACUAACUCAAUCAAUUAACUAACUAACUAACUUACUAACUAAUCUAAUGAUUAACUCAAUGUCCCUUGGCCACAAACUCAUUGAUAUCAAUUGUGAUUAAUAUAUAUGAAUAUAAUUGUAAUUGUAUUUGUAACUGCAUUUGACUAACCUAAUAUAUCUGUAAUAUCUUAUUGUAUGUUCCAUAUUUUAUACAUACUCGUAUAAUAUACUUGUCUGUGUGUGUGUAAAACGCUACUAUGUAUGUGUUAAUUGUGUGUUGUUGGAUUUGUUUUGGACUUGACUUGACUUGCAUUAAUGUACUACUACUAAAACCAAAAAAAAAAAAAAAAA